AUGUCCUUCCUCUUCGGUGCCGGGCGACCCCAGCCCAGUUCCGCCGAAAAGAUUGCUGCAGUGGAAACGGAAAUGGAAAUGGUAUCGGACAUGUUUAGCAGAUUAACGCAAUCCUGUCUGAAGAAAUGUGUUCCUGCCGACUAUCGCGAAGCCGAUCUGAGCAAAGGCGAGAGCGUCUGCCUUGACCGCUGCGUCGCCAAAUUCUUCGAAGUCAACAUCAAAGUCUCAGAAAAGAUGCAGAAUGCUGCUGCUGGUGCCCAGGGUGGUGCUGCCGGCGGUGGCAUGUUCGGCAUGUAA